CAAGCCGUCGCGACUGGACAUGGCGCGCUGCUCCCCGGCGAAGCCGCUUUGCACCACCGCCGCGGCCCCGCGCCCCUCUCGCCGCCGCGGUCUGCUCAUCAGCGCCUCUGCUUCCCCGGCCACGACAUCAACAAGAACGCACCGGCUGUUGGCCCUACCGAAGCCGCCUAAACCACCGCCGCCGCCGCCUCUCCUCCCGCGCCCAAGGCUCCCCAUCUCCAACGACGCCCCCACCAACGGCAAGCCAGACGACCGCCGUGAACCAUCGACGGGCGCGGCGUCCUCUGGCUCUGGGUCGUCCUCGGGCGCCGGAGACGUGCUCCGCCUCAUGGGCUUGCUCCGCGUCGCGCCCGACGAGGACGUCUACGUCUCCCUCCUCAGGGACUCCGUCGAUGCCGCCGAGGUAGCCGCCGUGCACGCCCACGUCGCCGCCACACGCGCCGCGUCUGGCCACCCCCUGCCGCUGGCCAACCGGCUGCUACUCGCCUACGCGACCUGUGGCGACAUGGCGGCCGCCCGCAAGGUGUUCGACGAAAUUCCCGUCAAGGACGGCAUCACGUGGGCGACCAUGGUGUCGGCCUACUCCGAUGGGUGUUUCCACGACGAAGCGAUAAGGCUUUUCACCCGCAUGUGCCAAGAAGAACAGGGGCUCGCUGGUGAUCUGCUCGGCCAUGCCAUUGUGGCAGUGCUGCGGUCAUGUGCUCGGCUGGGCAGACUAAGGGGCUUUGGUCAGCAGGUACACGCCCUCGUCAUCAAGACAAAGAGAGUCUGCGGUGAUACCGGUAGUUCGCUGCUGCAGCUGUACAUCGCAAGUAAUCAGCAUGACAGUGCGCGGCAAGUGCUUCAGGCGAUGAGGUGUUGUUCCCAGGAGCCAGUGCCCGAGGCAGCCUGGACUAGCUUCAUGACAGCUUGCCACCGAGACGGACUGCUGGACGAGGCCAUCUAUGUCUUCAGGGACAUGGUGUCCUCUGGAGUCCCUAGGAGCAGCUUCUCCCUGUCUACUAUCCUUGCAGUAUGUGCAGAAUCAGAGAACUGCAGGUGCUAUGGACAGCAAGUGCAUGGCGAUGCCAUCAAGCACGGCGUGGAAACAGACCAGUUCGUCAUGUCUGGGUUGGUCCACAUGUAUGCGAAGCAAGGACGGCUUGCAGAUGCCACGAGGGCAUUUGAGGCAGUGGGUGGCAAGCCUGACGCUGUGUGCUGGAAUGCCAUGGCCAUGGGGUAUGCACGCGGUGGGCGGUACAGAGAGGCCACCAGAAUGAUGUACCAGAUGAAAGCUGCUGGACUGGAUCUUCCUGGACUAAAUGUGGUUGGAAUGGCCUGCUCCAGUUGAAGACUAACCUGCAUGGAAUGCAAGCAUUAAGUGGAGGUCAGUAUCUAGCAAUUGGAAAACAUCUAUUCUGGCCUGCAACAGGUGAUUAAGAGGAAGAGUUCUAUGCCAUGACAUGGUUUAGCAAUUGGGCUGUAGAUGGCGAUCACAAUUCACAGCUCACAGGACUCUUUGGAGGCGGAAGACUUAUCUUCUGAAGUCAGCUGAAGGGAUGAUGCCAGUUGGUGGCAUCUGAAGUCCAAAGUGUGCAGGCCAUGAACUUUGAGUACUAGUGAUGCGACUUGUUCUUCCUUCUCUGCCGCGGCAACAUAUAUAGAUAUGUGUUACCUGCAUUACGCCGAUCCGAAUGAAGGCGGCUCCAAGGAUGUUGUACUGCUGUGCCGACGCCUAAGCAGACUGCAGCCUGCAGGGUGUUUGACCUGUGAGUCUUAGGUGGCUGGCGAGCAAACCAAGAAGGAGAUGGUCUAAUGGGGUGGUGCGGGUGUUUGUUUCGAUCAGACAGCAAUUUGCCACACGCACGCGAACAUAAUUGAUUUGGUUUAGGAGCAGCUUGGUGGUGUUGUACUCAGCUGACAUCUUUAAUCCGGCCUCGCUCUCGAACUGGUGCGGGCUUGUGCGCUUGCCCUUUCUGGCUUUCUGGCUGCCACUAGCUAGCUCUAGCUUUUGUGCACUUGGCCUUGAAAUUUUCGUUUGCUCAAGGGUAGACUUGUUUUGUUCUGCCCAGUUUUAGUCUCAUGUAUCCAAUGAACCAGAAACCUGGCAG